AUGGAGGAGAAGAUUCACGAAAUUGAUAGUUUUGAUGAUGUUCUGCUGCCUGGUUUUCGGUUCCAUCCGACGGAUGAGGAGCUUGUUGACUUUUACCUCAAGAAAAAAAUACAGCAGAAGACCCUGGCUGUUGAGAUCAUUAAGCAAGUGGACAUUUACAAGUACGACCCAUGGGAUCUUCCAAAGAUGGCAAGCAGUACCGGGGAGAAAGAGUUGUACUUCUACUGUCAAAGGGACCGAAAAUACAGAAACAGCGUCCGGCCAAAUCGGGUGACCAGGGCCGGGUUCUGGAAGGCCACAGGAACUGACCGCCCUAUAUACUCCUCCAAGGGAAAGUGCAUCGGUUUAAAGAAGUCCCUCGUGUUCUACAGAGGCAGAGCCGCCAGAGGCAUCAAAACUGAGUGGAUGAUGCACGAGUUUCGCCUUCCUUCUCUUUCUCAAGCUACUGUUCCCAAAACCCUCUCUCCAACUGAGUCGUGGGCAAUUUGUAGGAUAUUCACGAAAACCAACUCACACAAGCCUUCAUCUCAUUCGUACCCCUGGACCACUCCGUUCCCUGAAAGCAUGCCUCAGGGUGGUGGUGCCGCAGCCUCCUGCAAUCACUUCAGUCCAGAAAAUCUGUCUUGCACGAGAGAAACUGUCUCCGGGGGGAAUUUCUCAGCUUCAGAUGUUCCCUAUGACGCCCGACUCGGUGUUUUGAACGGUGACCUCGGUGACAGCUUCAAGUUCUCCGAGCCGGCAGCAUCAGGCUGCAUGCUUUUGAACCCGGACAGCGAAGGACUUGAAGGGGCUCACCAGCAGUUUAGUGGCUUAUCAAUGAGCGUACCUCAGGAUAUGCGAGUGAAUAUGAACAGAGAAACAGGGUUUCCCAUGACCGUGUCUGCUUCUAGUGAUGCUUGGAAGUCUCCUCUGCUAUGGGACUUCCCCUUGUUCGACUGACAUGGGCACUGAUAAUUGCUACACGAAAGAUUUGGGCUUAUUAUUUCUGGUAAAAUCAGGGGAUUAAUGCUGCUCAGUUUACAAUUGAAGUGUACAGGUUAGGUGCAAUUGUCUUCUCUCUCCUGUUACAUAAAUAUCAUGUUCCUAAACGCUGGACCCGGCCAAGCAAGCACAGAGGAAGUAGUUCGCAUGUACAUCGAUAGGAUGGUGAGUGCUUCACAGUUAUGCAUUUUUAAUUGGAUAUGUUCAAAUCAAUUGGUGUGAUAUAAUUCAUGAACAGUUCGUUAGAAGUUAUAUUGUUGAGCAC